AUGAAGUCUGCCUCAAGCUCGCGCGGGGGAGGCAAGGGAGGAGGCGGCGAUGGCGGCCCUGGGGGCAAGGGCGGCUUUGGGGCGCGGGCGCGUGUCUUUGGAGGCGGUCGGGGCCGGGGGCGUGGAGGGGGGGACAGUAGGGACCGUGGUGGCAGCGGGCAGCGGCGCGGCGGUGUGGGCAAAAAUAAAAACCGCCGCAGGAAGUGUGUCAAUAUUGUGUCGGUGGAGCCACACAGGCAUGAGGGUGUCUUCAUCUACCGUGGAGCGGAGGACGCGCUGGUAACACUGAAUAUGGUGCCGGGCCACUCGGUGUAUGGCGAGCGGCGGGUCACGGUGACCGAGGGCGGUGUGAAACAAGAGUACCGCACAUGGAACCCCUUCCGCUCCAAGCUGGCAGCGGCCAUCCUGGGCGGGGUCGACCAGAUCCACAUCAAACCCAAGUCCAAAGUGCUGUACCUGGGCGCUGCCUCAGGGACUACCGUCUCUCAUGUCUCCGACAUCAUCGGCCCGGACGGCCUGGUCUAUGCAGUUGAGUUCUCCCACCGGGCCGGCCGUGAUCUGGUUAAUGUGGCCAAGAAGCGAACCAACAUCAUCCCGGUUCUCGAAGAUGCCCGACACCCGCUCAAGUACCGCAUGCUUAUAGGAAUGGUGGAUGUGAUCUUUGCGGAUGUGGCCCAGCCUGACCAGUCCCGUAUAGUGGCUCUGAAUGCCCACACCUUCCUGCGCAACGGGGGCCACUUUCUCAUUUCCAUCAAGGCCAACUGCAUCGACUCCACGGCCUCCGCUGAGGCGGUGUUUGCUUCUGAGGUGAGGAAGUUGCAGCAGGAGAACUUGAAGCCUCAGGAGCAGCUGACGCUGGAGCCCUACGAGAGGGACCACGCUGUGGUCGUCGGGGUCUACCGGCCCAUUCCCAAGAGCGGCAGCAAGUAGCACCCAGCAAGGGCUGUCCCAUCUCCCCAAAACUGUGCUGUGUUCAGUUUAACUAUGUAUGUGUUUUCUUUGUCUAUUAAAUGGCUUAAAGAAACAGUACCCAGGUGUAUCGGUGAGGCCAGUUUUACUGUGAUAACAAUCAAUCCCUAAAUCUCCAAAUCUUCAAGUCCCUGAAAGAGCUAAAACAGCUGGUGAUAGGAACCCAUCAAGGAACAGCAUGGGAGUUGUGCUUACUGUGAUCACUUAGGGCCCUGAUGUCCCCGGGCUCCUCCUCACACAUGCUUUCUUGUCACAGAGGCAAGGGGAAGAGAGCUGGGGAAUUGCUAAUGAGCCUGUCAAGCCCUCUUGGAAUUGAGGGAGCCCUUGGGUUCACAUUGGCGAAGUCCCAUGACUGAGCCUGAUUCCAGGGAGUGGCACUGGAUAUUGAGGGACGGUAGUAUAGUGUAACAGGCCUAAUCUGUCUGACCCAAGCCGGAGUUCUGGUACGAUAUGUAUUUAGUACUUCUUCUUCAACUAAGCCCUUUGGCACCUGCUAGUACUUACUCAUCACACCCGCUGGGGUGGCUUUGGUAACCAUUUCCCUUUCACAUGCAAAGCAACAGGGCUUCUGAAGGUAAACUGGUUGCUCAAGUUUGCAUAACCAGUUAGGAGAUAGAAUUUAAAUCCCAAUCUUUUGGGCUCUAAAUCCACAGCUAUUUCCUGUAUGCCACUGGGAUCAUACCUCUCCCCUACAUGGCCCACACUGGACAGACUGCAAGUCCCCACAUAUGGACACACACAGAACAGAGUUCUGUGGCUUGUGUUCUUUCUUCCACCUCCCUGUGCUGUCCUUAGAUUUCAAAAUAACAAAAUAAGGUGGGUGGGGGGGUAGGAAGUGGGUCUACUUUGCAAAGUGUUCCCACUGCAAGGCAAAACAUACCCAAGAUGGUAUCACCAAGUAUCUGAGAAACAACCAGAAAAAUGACUUCAGAAAGUAUCUGUUUCUGAAGGGCAUUUCCUGCAGACCCUGAGUUGCUGGGUCUCAUUACAUUCAAUUCUGGCUCUCUAAACCAGCCCAAAGGGAGUGGGAGAGUAAGCAAUCCCAGGGCAGCUGGGAAUGCUCCAAAACCUGGCUUUAAAGAAGACAUUUUAUUUUUUCAUUCACUCAUACGUUAAAAAAAAAAAAAAAUCCCCGUUGCCAAGGUCAUUGAUACUGAGUGGGGAUGAUUGCUCAAUAAUGCAUUACUUGGAGAAUGGUUCCACCUUCCUAAAGUUGUGCUGGGGCAGAGAUUGUAGUUAGUCUGCAUUUUCUGAGAGGAUAUUUCCUGAACAAAAUAAGAUAAAUCAGAUUUUUUUAAAAAGCAUCCAUCCCUCCACUCCUCCCCUUAUUCCCUACCACAUGCACACAAACGCUGUAAUGCAGGGUGAGAACUACCAUUCAGGUUUGUUGGCCAGACAGACUCAGGAAGAAUAGGGUGAAUGGAAUAAAAGCCUACAAAAACCCAAACCAGUCAUUUCGAAAAAGAAUGUGAAAUCUUGGGACAUCUGGGUGGCUCAAUAGGUUAAGCGUCUACCUUCGGUUCAGGUCACGAUCCCAGGGUUCUGGGAUCCAGUCCUGCA